AUGGGGGUGCGCAGUCUUUACAAUACGGCGGUUCUACUCAUUGCCACGUACCUGAUCGCAAGGUGCAACGCCUUACCCAGACCGCAGGCUCUUGUUACCGCACCGAGCAUCCCGGACGGCCACUGGAUUGACACCUGGGCGGCGAUGCCACAGUUGACCGAAUACACAAACUUGCCUCCACCUCCAUAUAACACCACCUCGGUGAUAUUCUUCAACAGCACGAUCCGCCAAACCCUGCACAUGUCGACCGGCGCCUCACAGAUCCGGAUCCGCAUCUCCAACGCCUUUGGCCUCACCGACUUGCCCAUCACCGCCAUGACGGUCGCGCUGCCUUUCAACGGCUCCUCAGGUGUCAGCGCGAUCGAGCCCUCGACCCUCCAAAAGGUGACCUUCAGCGGCGGCGAGUCGUCUAUCAUUGUCCCUGACGGCGCCCUCGCCGUCUCCGACCCGCUGGACUUCCCGAUCCAGCCGCUCUCCACCAUCACCGUGACCAUGUACCUAGCCACGGGCCAGAACGGGACAUUCAUCACAAGCCACCCAGGCAGUCGGGCGACGUCGUGGUUCACGCUGGGCGACCAGGUAAGCGCGACGAACUUGACAGGGCCUUUUUUGAACAGCACCCAGCAUUGGUACUUCUUGUCCGCUGUCGAAGCGUGGUUGCCGCCGAACUACCGCACAUGGGCAAUUAUCGGGGACAGCAUCACGGACGGGAGAGGAAGCGACCCGGACAAGAACGACAGAUGGCCCGACCUCGUCUACGCGCGCAUGCAAUCGAGCAACUCGUCCCUCCUGACGUCCAUCUCCAUGAUCAACCAAGCCGCCGGGGGCAACCGGAUUUUGUAUGACGGGCUGGGCCCGAACGUGCUGGCACGGGUCGACCGCGACGUGCUCGCGCACCAAGGCGUGCGGUACGCGAUGAUCUGGGAGGGCGUCAACGACAUUGGGGUCGCCGACGCGACGCCCGCGAACCAGACCGAGACGUACGAGCGCCUGGUCUCGGCGUACCGGCAGAUCGCGGCGCGGGUGCACGCGUUCGGCGUCCCGCUGUUCGCCGCCACCAUCACCCCCUUCUCCGCCCCCGGCGGCAACACCACGCUGCAGGCCUACACGAGCCCGCUGCGCGAGCAGACCCGUCAGAAGGUCAACGCGUUUAUCCGCUCGUCCACCACCGCGGGAGCCGGAGGUGGCAUCUUCGACGCCGUCUUCGACUUCGACGCCAUCCUCCGCAACCAGUCCGUGCCCAGCCAGCUGGCCGACGCACUGCAGUCCGGCGACUACCUGCACCCCAACGACGCGGGCUACCAGCUCCUAGCCGAGAGCUUUGAUCUGAGUGUCUUUGAGAAGUUCGAUACCGGUGUACUGGGAUUUACCUAG